AUGAAGACAUUGGAACAGUGCUUCGGACGGCCAGAAGUGAUUAUUGAUCGUGCCUUGGACGAGUUAAGAAAGACGUCCAAGCCCGGCUCAACGGCGACGGAACUCAACAACUUCGCGAUCAAGAUUCAAAAUGUUAUAUGUGUGUUGCGGAGUAUGGAUCGCCAAGAAAAACAAGAGUGUCCGGCAUGCAGCGAGGCGCAUGUGUUAACGCAGUGCCCUAAGUACAAAGCACUUAGCGUCGAACAGCGAUGGAACCUGAUCAAAGAAAAGAAGCUGUGUUUUAAGUGUGCGAACAGUACUCAUCGACGCAUAACAUGCAAAGCCAAGCUGUGCGGUGUGGAACAGUGUCGUCGUCCGCAUCACUCAUCGCUGCAUCAAGCGGAAAAGAAACCGGAAAACACAGAGGUACGUGACAAGGAACAAGUAUUGUCAGUGACGCCGAAAACGAACGUCGGCGCACGCACCGUGCUUCUGAAGAUGUGCCCGGUCGUAGUCGCCGGUCCACGGGGGGAGGUGAGAACGCACGCUCUCCUCGACGAAGGUGCCACGGUGACAUUGAUGGAUGAAGAUCUCGCCGAGAAGAUAGGUGCAGACGGCCCUACACAAGCACUGCACCUAAGCGGCGUUAACAUGGCUCAAAAGGAAAAAGCCAGCAAGUUGGUGACGGUGCGAAUUAGAGGUGUGACAGAAGACGAGCCACACUCAAUACGAGCAAGAACAAUAAAGCACCUGAAACUGCACCAACAGACCAUUCCGGCAGUGCUUAUGAAGUUGAAGCAUUUAAGGGACCUGCCGGAAGAAUUGUGCUAUGAACGAGCGCGCCCAGGCAUCUUAUUGGGCGCGGAUCAUUGGGAGCACAUUGUGUCGCGAGAACUGCGAGUUGGCGGCCGCAACGAACCGGCAUCAAGGACGCUACUCGGCUGGGUGGUGCACGGUACGUUACCACGUAGCGUCAUAACAAAGAAAGAAAACGUGCUUCAUAUAUACGAGCGGGAGCACGACGGACUGCAUAACCUCGUGGAAGAUCACUUCAAAAUAGAAGCGCUCGGCGUCACACCAGAACCGAGAGUGAGUGACGCAGAUCGACGAGCCAUCGCCACAUUGAAGACGUCUAUAAGGAAGAUAGACUGCGGGUACGAAGUCGGCUUGCCGUGGCGACAAGACAACACCGCCAUGCCGCCGAGCUACAACGCGGCACUUCGACGCCUGCGACAAAUCGAGCACAAGAUGGACGCCUCGCCUGAAUUUGCCCGCGAAUAUACUGCACAGGUGAAUAACCUUAUAGAAAAAGGAUACGCAGUGAGGUGCGACGGGUCAGAAUCAUCGAGCCCCGUCUGUUGGUACCUCCCUCACUUCGCGGUGCAGAACCCGAACAAGCCUGGCAAGCAGAGGUUGGUGUUCGACGCAGCGGCGACAAGUCACGGGGUGAGUCUGAACGACCACUUACUGGAAGGCCCUGACAUGUUGAUGUCUCUGCCCGGAAUAAUGUUUCGGUUCCGGGAGAGCGCUGUAGCAGUCACAGCGGACAUACAAGAAAUGUUCCUGCGAAUCAAGAUCCGUGCCGAAGAUCAGUCAGCGCAGCAAUUUCUGUGGCGCGGUAACGACCGAACCAACCCGCCGCAGCGAUUUAAGAUGACCAGCAUGAUCUUCGGUGCAGCGAGUUCACCAUUCAUGGCGCACUUCGUAAGGAAUCACAACGCCAACGAUGCAUGCGCAGCUGUAUCCCAGAGCAGCGGAGGCCAUCACCAAAUAUCACUAUAUGGACGACUUGGUGGCCAGCUACGAUACACCCGGAGAAGCGCACGAAGCCAUAGAGGGAAACGAAGACGGUGCACGCGGCGGCGGGAUUCACUCUGCGCGGUUGGAACUCGAACGACGAGGUGUGCUUGCGACGUGCCCCCCCAGAGUUGCGCUCGAAUCAGCCCACGCAACUGGGGAGAACAUCAACACAGCAAGAUAUUGGGACUGCGGUGGGACCCGGAGCGAGACGAGCUGGGAUUCAGCAAUGAGCCGAGUCCCGAAAGAAGUAAAACGCGCAAGUGCGCACGCCCACCAAGAGAAGCCCUCAGUACAGUCAUGUCGAUCUACGAUCCACUGGGACUUCUCAGCGUGUACACCAUUCGCGCCAAGAUCAUCCUUCAGAACUUAUGGCGCUUAAAGAUGUCGUGGGACGAACGGGUGCCAGAGGAAGACGGCAAGCUGUUCGCGACGUGGUUGUCGCAACUGUCGGCGAUCGGUCAGUUGCGCAUUCCCCGACAUUAUGGACCGACGAGCCACGAGCGACGCAUCGAGCUCCACGUUAUGUGCGACGCCAGCGAGCAGGCCUACGCAGCGGUGGCGUAUUGGCGGAUGGUCGGCCAAGAGAACGUUACACUCUUUGGUGGCCGCCAAGGCGAAGGUGGCACCGCGACGGACGCAAACGAUACCCCGCCUCGAGCUGCAAGCGGCGUCAUCCACUGGAUCCGGAACGACGAGCGACGGUACACACCCUUCGUCGCGCAUCGUCUGCGGGAGAUCGCCGAGCUCACCGACAAAAGUAGUGGCGAUGGCUACCCACGACGCACAACGUCGCCGAUGAAGCCACUCGACUUCGGGCGACGCGCGAGUGAAGACAGCCGGUGGUUCCGGGACCUGAUUUCCUCCUCGAGCCCGAACAAUCAUGGCCCACGAGAGACGGAAGUCAGGACGACGAAGCAGAGGUCCUGCACGUCACAGAGAGCCCGGAAAGGAACGCUGGCUGCCCGACCCGACCCGCUUCUCCAAGACGCCCGACACCCCGUCACGAAGCUCAUCGUGCUGCAGAACACUGUGCAGCAGGUCACGCAAAUAGGGAGCGCGUGA